AUGCCUAUAAUAACAAACUUCCGCCUCCCCGCCUCUACGGCAACCCUCAAACUCCCAACCCCACCAAACACCCCCUUCUUCGUCGCCUUCCUCGCCUCCGUCGACCCCAGCACGGGGAAACCAUGGUGUCCAGACGUCGUCGCCGCACUGCCCGUUCUGCACGAGACGUUUUCGCCUGAGCAUGCGCCGAUCGUUGCCUUUGUUGAGGUCGGGCAGAAACUCGAGUGGAAGGAUCUCUCGAAUGGUUUCCGCACAAAGUGGAAGUUGAGCGCCGUCCCGUCGCUCGUUCGCUUUGAGGCUGUUGAUGGGGAGGUCAGGGAGCUUGGGAGGCUUGUGGAGGGGGAGAUACUUGACCGGGCGCGACUGGGCAAGUUUAUUGGCGGCCGGGCAGCGCGGAUUUGA